AUCACGAUCGACGAGUGCGGACUUCUCCGCUUGCAACAAACGCUUAUUCCCUCGCCAUUUUGGCUCUCUCCAACUGGCAGCCGGAUAUCGAAACCACUCGUUCUGCCGUUCACGACACCAACCCUCACAGCUCACUUUGCUAAUCAGUUAGAUAUAGAUAUACUAGCGCAGAUCGCGGUAGCUAGUUGCAGCAAGUCGCAUGAUAUGACGACUGCCAUAUUGUAUUCUUCCGUUUGUGGUGCUGUGUAGAGGCAGAGCCGCCGAUUGUCCGCUAUUCGCUGUUCAGUUGAGACACAGGAGCUGAUAGAACGCGUUGAUUAAGUGAGUGAAAGGGUCGACAGUGGCAAAAGCGGCCGCCGUAGAAACAUCGCGAAAUCCAUAGAGGCGGUACUAGCAGGAAGUCGUGAUUGUUUUGCCUCUGAAAUACGGGGUGUCUCCGUUCGGUGGAUACUCCCGUGGAGCGGGUGAACGUUGCAAAACUGAGAUCGAUCGCCAGAGUUUUGUGUUAAGUAAGCGAUCGAGACGCGUGCUGUGUUUGACUAUUGCGGCCACUACCGAAACUGAGCUGCACCAGAUCCAUAUGUCCCUCCAGUUAUCGCUCUUUGCGGAGCGCGUUAUCUCCUAGUUCGCUUUCGAGCGCUACUGCAUUCUUCGCCUCAGCGCUGGCCACGAUACCUUUUGGGUUAAACAUCUGGGUAAGAAAGGCACCGUGACGGAUAAAGUCAAGUAAAUUUGUAAAGGAGGUCUGCUCCACGAACAAAAGCAGCAACAGCAGUGGAAACUGUGUGCGGGCGUGGACGUGAGCGAGCGUCAGCUAGACGUUUCAGGCUGGCAGACCUGGGUCGUUAGCAGACCGCAUCGCUAUAGAGCCAGCAUCACCGUCAUCGUCAUUCGUGCUCGUAUUCACAACAGAUAGAUACAGGUGGAUCAGAUCGGCCAGCGUCAGAUUAGUGCUGGUAUAUCUUCCUACCGCGGUUACUGGCAUUCACUUGAAGCAACCAGCCAGCGGUGAUCGCAGGCGGCUACAACGAAAGCUAGCCAUUACUGGCUUCAACACGACGACCACGACCAAUAGCACGGCUGUCAUACACGCAAAUGUAACGUUUACGUCCUUGUGUAUGAGCGAUCGACUGCUGCAAAUGUACGAUCGUCUGUUAACGAAUUCACACUGUGUUCGACUACGUGCUGAGCUGACUGUGCAAGCUGCUAAUGUGGCUGCUGCUGGCUAAAAAGUGUCAGUAAUAUUACUAUUAGCACCAUUACUCGUGCGAGCAAGCAUCAUCAUCAUCACCAUUGUUUAGUUGGUGGUGACUCUGUGAUUGAGAGUGAGUGACUAACUGAAUUGUCGUCGAAACAGACGGAGGGAUUCUCACUAACCCUUUGUAGUUGGACAAACGAACCAAUUCGUCGUGCUCGUGGUAACGAACUGACCGACAAACAGACAGGCACUGGCUGCUAACUGUGUUGCCUCAAACAUCAUCGUUUUCUAUAAAUUUUGCUCUGAACCAUCGCGAAAAAGGUUUUAUAGAAUACGAUAUAAGUGAGCGGCUGCUUUGCAUCGGCUAAGUAGCUUCCUCGUGUGAUCUCAGGGACGAAGGAAGAAUACACUGAUGACUGGUGUUCGUAUCAGUACUGAAGGUUCCCAAUUUAUGGAUUUGCUGAUUGCAAGCUAUUAACACGGAACUAGUAGCACGAUCACAGCUUGGAGCUUUACCCCACGGACAAUAACUUUCAAAAAAUUUUUCAACUGACAACAGGACCGUUAGGUAAAACACAAGUUAGUUGCAUACAGGCAUCAUCACUACAAAAACCCAAGAAACAUCGUUAGGUAUAAUGGGUAAGCACAAAAACAGGAAUAGGUCGGCCACGAUCACAAACCCGGAGACUGCGGAACUCAUCAGGGUGAUAGACAAGAUUUUUGAGCUGACCGUGCAGGAUGUCAAUGAAUUAUCUCGUGAUCUUCUUGAAAAUUUUGGCCGGAUCAGAACUCUUGUGGAACGUGCGCGAUGCCUCGAAAAAAAAUUCGAUGAAGUACCGGUACGUUCAGAAACUGCAAUGCGGGAGUUGGUUGAUUGGGGAAUUCGUCGCGGCUGUUUUGUACGAGGAAUCCAACUGCGGCGCUUAAAGGAAUCAACAUUGGACGAGUAUGGAGUGUUCUGUACGGACUCGCUCCAGGAUUCUGACAUCUUCUUGUCGGUGCCAUUGGACCUGAUGCUUACGUCGGACCAUGCGCUUGAGCGAAGUGGUUCCUUGUCACCUCUAUUAAGAAAUGAUGCGAUUUGCUCUCACAUGUCAAACGUCUGCCUUUCGCUUUUACUGCUUAACGAGCUCGCUAAAAACGAACAGAGUUUUUGGCAUAAAUAUAUUUCCUGCCUACCAGCGCAUUAUUCAACGAUCUUAUACUUUAACGAGGAUGAAAUGCGUCUUCUUAGCGGAUCGGCUACGCUUGAGGAGGCAUGUAAGCUGUAUCGGUCGAUUGCACGUCAGUACGCGUAUUUCAAAAAGAAGUUUCUUACGGAACCGAAAUGGAGAGCGCUGCCGGCUAUGAAAAUAUUCACAUAUGAGGCGUACAGGUGGGCUUGUAGCACUGUAAUGACCCGACAAAAUCAAGUUCCUUCGCUCACCCCAGGUCGAAUGCAAACCGCACUUAUCCCCCUGUGGGACAUGUGCAACCAUGAUACUCUUAGAAGUGGAACCGACUACGAUGUGCCUUCUCAGCAACUUGUUUCGUUCGCCACUCGGGCUUACGUUAAGGACGAAGAGGUAUGCAUCUUCUAUGGUAAUCGCGGUAAUGCCCAGUUUUUCCUGCACAACGGAUUCGUACCGCAGACAUCGAACCCGUGGGACAAUCUACCGUUGCGGCUCGGCCUGUCACGAAGCGACAAGCUCUUUGAAAUAAAGCGUCGCCUUUGUGAACAGAUGAAAAUUCCCAUCUCUAGUACGUUCGAAUUAAAGAAGAAUCCUGAUGGCAAUGGUGUGCUAGUGCCCAAAUUGCUGCUACACCUCGUCCACGUGCUUCAGUGGAAACCGGAACAUUCGAACAAAAGUGAAACGAAGGCCAAGGCCAGCGAUAAUCGAGAUAACAUGGAUAACAAUAUCCUUCAGGAAAACGCAGGAACAGAACAGGUCGAAGAGGAGGAAGGAGUACGCACUAAAAAAGCCAUCAGUUUUUUGCAAACGCGCUGUUCGCUCCUCAUGAAAACCCUGCCAAAAUCUGAGGAGGAGAUUAAGACGAUUUUGGAGGAUUCAACAGUUAGUGAAAAAACCAAGCUUGCGUUACGGUAUCGCCUGUCAGAAAAGCAUAUACUCGAAUUAGCAUGUCAGAAGCUUAUCUUCACAAUGUAGACAAUACCAAAGCACAAUUGCGCACUCAUCUACAAUGCUUAAUUAAACUAACACAUACAUUUGUAGUAUACAGAACCUAUACAUAAAAAUAACAUGGUUCAAUGUCUUCAGUUCUCUUUAUAUAUAGGCGUAUAGAUAAAAUCUAGUCUAUGAUAAAUAUAGCUGCUGAAGCUCUGAAAAUGUUUCUGGCUAACACACGAAUCGCUCUGCAGUCCCUACUGUAAUACAGGUUAUAUUGGUGUCAACAAUAACUCAGUAUAAUAUACAUCCCUAUUUUAUGUACCACUGAAUCCAGAAUCUUGUUUAUUAGACAGGAGCGGCCCUUAAGGCGGUCGUUAAUUGUCCAACAAUAGCUUCGGAAAGGAAUACAACAUAUUUGUGGCCGAAUGAUAACAGCAACUUCAACUUUAACGGCAAAUUUUAAUGGUCUAAACAGAUGUAUCAAGGGAAAAAUGCGUUUCCAUGUCUGCCCGUACUAUCAGCUGAUACCAUUAUAUAGGAAAAUCUAUUAUCUCUCAGAUAUGUUCGCAGAUUAGUCGUUAUCGUUGAAAGUUUUCGCAGAGAAUAACCGUUUCUUUAUUGAAUGGAAACGAAACCCACAAUUUAGCGUCAAUUGUCGCUAGAGGAUUAUUGUUGGCCGUGUCUAUAAUGCGCAUUUUGAUAUAAACAGCUCAUCUAUUAUUUAUGAUUAAAGAACAUCUGGGGCCAGCAAGCGUUCGCCUACCGUCGUUUGAAGUACGAGAAUACCAAAACUCUGGACGGGGGCAAAUGGAUGCACUAGUCGUACAAACAACUAUCUUAGAACGUUUCACUAAAAUUAUUAUGGUGCAUGCAAACCUGAGAUAGAUAACUGAAAAGAAAACUGAUUCGUCCUGCAAAUGUAUAACUCUUCGGUGCUCCUAGUAAAAGGUCUUAAUCUUACCAUGUAAGAUGGUUCCAAGUGUUUGUACGGUACCGUGGGACUUGAGUUUUAGUGCAGAAGUCCUUUAAAUGCAAAAAUUGAAAUUUAUGAGGUGGGUAACCUAAAUAACGCUAAACUACAACCAGGUCAUUCAGAACGAAACAAUUUUGCACUGACUAUGUAAAUCCUCUAUUUCUGCAUUCUUCUUCGUCGUUUCUGUAAGCGUGUAGGGAGAGUUACUAUGCCUGGAGCAGCUUAAUAAAAAAGUCCUAUCCUUUCAAUGUGCCUUAA